UUCAAGCAUCAGCUGAGUUAUGAUGCCUGCACCCUAAAAUCUGCACCUGCGCACUUCAGACACGAUGGACUAAUCAUCGAUAUAUCAUCACAAAAAGCUUUGCCAUCGGCGUAUGCUCAGAAAUUACUGGUCCACGUAUCAGGUAAUGAACUUUUAAAAUUGAAGUGGCGUUUCUGGCACUGCCCGCACCACACAGUAAAUAUGCAGCGAGGGCAUCAUCAGAACUCACCAAGUGCUGCAGGGUCUGCAGACCUGGCAUUUGCAGCAGAACCCCUUCUCGUAAACUGUCAAUGCGGCAGCAUCAGUUUCCGGACACCCACAGCCCAAUACCUCGACCUAUUCCACUGCCACUGCACGGAAUGCCAGAAGCAGUCAGCCACCGCCUACGGCACAUCCGCCAUAUACACUGCUGAGGGGCUUUUCCCUCUCUCAAGGGAACUUAAAUCAAGACUGCGCGUGUAUACCCGCGCGACCGACAGUGGUGGCAGCAUGGACUGCUACUUCUGUUCGACCUGUGGCUCGAGGUUGUUUCAUCGCAUCAUUGAUGAAGACGGUAUGCCCAAGGAGACUGUCAGCAUUAAGGGUGGCUGUAUCAAGGGGCUAGACUGGACUGGUGGCAAGCACAUCUACACUCGCUCGGCGGUCGUCGAGGUACCGAAGGAGUGUGAGCAGUAUGAUACCUUUCCAGACAUGUCGAGGCAGGUCGAGAAGAAUAAAUAGAGCAUUGAGCCUGAUGUACAGAGGUUACCGGACUCGCGAUCUACGCAGAGAUCCUGACCGUCCGACUAUUAUUCAGUUUGUCAAGGAAUGGAUUACCAAUAUUGCAGUGGUGGAGUGGGAUUAUAAGUGAAUGGCGAACUUUACAGAGCAGCAUUGGCAUGAAGCAAACAGACUGG